UUCGCCAAACCUCCAGGCGCUAUCAGCGUGUGAACCUUGACGCAGCUUGUCCACCGCGGGCGAACAAGCGGCUAUGCCCAGGGAUCCUGCACGCAUGCGUGGAGCUGGACCGUCAGCGUGCGUGUGACGUCACGUGCGCGCCCGCCUAAACUCUUCCUAGGGUUCUUUCUAGAGUGCGGCAGCAAGUUGUCAAAUUCCCUAGUUGAAUUUGCUUUGGACAUCAGUGUGAAGCAGAACUGAUAUGCCACUUGAAUUAAUAAAGGAAGUCAAUGGGGUGCCUGAAGUUCAGCCGCUGAGUAAAUUACAUAAAGUAGAUUUCGGAUCCCUACAGCCAGGUUACAAUUAUAGCAAGAAAUACAUUCAGGGAAAACUUUCACUUCUCUCUUCUUUAACUUAUUGUGGAAAUAAAAGAGCUGUUUUGCAGAUUGGACUACAAGGUUCUACAGGAAAACAGAAAAAAAAUGGUCAUCUAUACUCCAACAUUUGCAUUUGGUGUAUAAUAUUUACUUUUGAAAACAUUUUUAAGUGGAACAGAGAAUAACAAGAGGACACCAUUGCAGUGGCUAGAUUUAUUGUUUUUUUAGCUUCUUCAUCUACAAGCAGAGAUGGUAAACCUUGCAUAUUUUUGAAAGCAUUUGAAGACCUCAAAUCAACUGUUUAUGGGUCUAUGCAGGAAAAAUUUUCAAUAUCAGCUCUGAUUUUCCACUUCUGUUGGACUGAUAGAAGUUUGCAUUCUUUUACAUUCUAUCCUGAGAACUGAAUAUUGCUGUGCUUCAGAUUUAAUCUGUUUAUGUCAAAUCUGUAAGAGAUUUUUCUACAGAAUCAAUGUCUUUGGUUCCAGCAACAAAUUAUAUAUAUACACCCCUGAAUCAACUUAAGGGUGGUACAAUUGUCAAUGUCUAUGGUGUUGUGAAGUUCUUUAAGCCCCCAUAUCUAAGCAAAGGAACUGAUUAUUGCUCAGUUGUAACAAUUGUGGACCAGACAAAUGUAAAAUUAACUUGCCUGCUCUUUAGUGGAAACUAUGAAGCCCUUCCAAUAAUUUAUAAAAAUGGAGAUAUUGUUCGCUUUCACAGGCUGAAGAUUCAAGUAUAUAAAAAGGAGACUCAGGGUAUCACCAGCUCUGGCUUUGCAUCUUUGACAUUUGAGGGAACUUUGGGAGCCCCUAUCAUACCUCGCACUUCAAGCAAGUAUUUUAACUUCACUACUGAGGACCACAAAAUGGUAGAAGCCUUACGUGUUUGGGCAUCUACUCAUAUGACACCGUCUUGGACAUUACUAAAAUUGUGUGAUGUUCAGCCAAUGCAGUAUUUUGACCUGACUUGUCAGCUUUUGGGCAAAGCAGAAGUGGACGGAGCAUCAUUUCUUCUAAAGGUAUGGGAUGGCACCAGGACGCCAUUUCCAUCUUGGAGAGUCUUAAUACAAGACCUUGUUCUUGAAGGUGAUUUAAGUCACAUCCAUCGGCUACAAAAUCUGACAAUAGACAUUUUAGUCUACGAUAACCAUGUUCAUGUGGCAAGAUCUCUGAAGGUUGGAAGCUUUCUUAGAAUCUAUAGCCUUCAUACCAAACUUCAAUCAAUGAAUUCAGAGAAUCAGACAAUGUUAAGUUUAGAGUUUCAUCUUCAUGGAGGUACCAGUUAUGGUCGGGGAAUCAGGGUCUUGCCAGAAAGUAACUCUGAUGUGGAUCAACUGAAAAAGGAUUUAGAAUCUGCAAAUUUGACAGCCAAUCAGCAUUCAGAUGUUAUCUGUCAAUCAGAACCUGACGACAGCUUUCCAAGCUCUGGAUCAGUAUCAUUAUACGAGGUAGAAAGAUGUCAACAGCUAUCUGCUACAAUACUUACAGAUCAUCAAUAUUUGGAGAGGACACCACUAUGUGCCAUUUUGAAACAAAAAGCUCCUCAACAAUACCGCAUCCGAGCAAAAUUGAGGUCAUAUAAGCCCAGAAAACUAUUUCAGUCUGUUAAACUUCAUUGCCCUAAAUGUCAUUUACUGCAAGAAGUUCCACAUGAGGGCGAUUUGGACAUAAUUUUUCAGGAUGGUGCAACUAAAACCCCAGAUGUCAAGCUACAAAAUACAUCAUUAUAUGAUUCAAAAAUCUGGACCACUAAAAAUCAAAAAGGACGAAAAGUAGCAGUUCAUUUUGUGAAAAAUAACGGUAUUCUCCCACUUUCAAAUGAAUGUCUACUUUUGAUAGAAGGAGGUACACUCAGUGAAAUUUGCAAACUCUCGAACAAGUUUAAUAGUGUAAUUCCUGUGAGAUCUGGCCACGAAGACCUGGAACUUUUGGACCUUUCAGCACCAUUUCUUAUACAAGGAACAAUACAUCACUAUGGAUGUAAACAGUGUUCUAGUUUGAGAUCCAUACAAAAUCUAAAUUCCUUGGUUGAUAAAACAUCGUGGAUUCCUUCUUCUGUGGCAGAAGUACUGGGUAUUGUACCCCUCCAGUAUGUGUUUGUUAUGACCUUUACGCUUGAUGAUGGAACAGGAGUACUAGAAGCCUAUCUCAUGGAUUCUGACAAAUUCUUCCAGAUUCCAGCAUCAGAAGUUCUAAUGGAUGAUGACCUUCAGAAAAGUAUGGAUAUGAUCAUGGAUAUGUUUUGUCCUCCAGGAAUAAAAAUUGAUGCAUAUCCGUGGUUGGAAUGCUUCAUCAAGUCAUACAAUGUCACAAAUGGAACGGAUAAUCAAAUUUGCUAUCAGAUUUUUGACACCACAGUUGCAGAAGAUGUAAUCUAAUAUUGCCAUCCAAUUUAGCAUACAUAAAAUGUUGCCACUCACCUUCCCUGUUUGAGCUUCUUUUCCUGCCCUGAGUUUUAUAUCAGCAAUGUUGAUGAUGUUAGCAUGGGUAUGGGAUUAGAAAAUGUCCUUACUUUAAAUCUCUUGGCUUUUACUGGGUGCAAGGUAAAUAAUGGCUAUGGAUUUUGUUUUGCUUUCUGUUUUGCUUUUGUACAAAGAGACCUGCUUAAACAAGUACUGCUGAGAUAAGUGUUUGUCUGAUCAAGCUACAGUGUACUUUAAGUAGAAAUGGCAAAGUUGCUUUGUUGGGGUGCUGAUACUGAUGAUUUUAGGAUAAAUUCAUUUCUUUAAACUUGUAAUACAUGGUUUUAUUGCUUGUUUCUCUCCAGGAUAGUAGAGAUUUCUCUAUUUCACCUCAACCUAAUAAAGUGGUCAGAUUUAUAAUGUUAAUGACUUAAUAUUAUCCUUUUCUAAUAUUCUCAUGUAAAAUAUGCUGGUAUGACAACUUACAACUAAUUGAAUGAGAUGUUAACUUAGUAAAAUAGUUUGAUUUUUACCUGACAGUGUUUGUCAAAUUUAAAAUCAUGAAUAUUCAAUUUUAUACAAACAUUUAUAUAUAUGUAUAGAUUUGUGUAUGUUAUUUGCCAAAGACAGAUAUAAAUUACCUGGUUUAAUAUUAGUGAAGAAUAAAUAAGUGCACACA